AUGGCGAACAUGAUCCAGCCACAGAUUCCGAAGCUGAUGAAGACCAAUUACGACAACUGGAGUAUCCAGAUGAAAGUCUUGCUCGGCUCGCAAGACUUGUGGGAGCUCGUGGAGAAUGGCUACACUGAACCAGAGUCACUUGCAGCAGAAGCAACUCUCACCGCCACACAGAAGAGUGAGCUGAAGGAGGUCAGAAAAAGAGACAAAAAAGCUUUGUUCCUAAUAUUCCAAGGCGUAGAUGAAUCUGCGUUUGAGAAGAUUUCCAAUGCCCUGUCCUCUAAAGAAGCAUGGGAGAUUUUACAAAAAUCCUAUCAAGGUGCGGAAAGAGCCAAAAAGGUACGCCUCCAAGCAUUAAGAGUUGAAUUUGAAAAUUUGAAGAUGAAAGCUACAGAAUCAAUAUCGGAUUAUUUUAGUAGAGUUCAGACAAUAACAAAUCAAAUGAAGAGAAAUGGAGAAGCAAUUAAUGAUGUAAGAAUUAUGGAGAAGAUACUUAGGACUUUAGACUCUAAAUUCAAAUAUAUUAUUCCGGCAAUACAAGAGUCUAAAGAUCUUUCCGAAGUAUCUAUUGAUGAGCUGCAAGGUUCUCUGCAAGCUUAUGAACAAGAUAUAAACAUUAGUUCAAAUCAAGCGGAGAAUCUAGAACAAGCCUUGCAGAGUAAGAUGACUAUCAAAGAAGAUAGUCGAAGAGGACGUGGAGGCUACAGAGGCAGAGGCUCAUUUCGAGGUGGCUCAAACUUCCAGCAAGGUCGUAGGAGACAGUACCAAGGAGGCCAUGAAAAUCAAGAUCGAAAUAGAGAUCGUGAACGAUCAUUCGAUCGAGGACGAGGUCGUGGCACACGAGGACGAGGACAAGGAAGAAGUUACCAUGAGGACAGAUCUCAGCCACAGUGUUACAAAUGUAAGAGAUACGGUCAUCUCAGCUACGAAUGUUGGGAGAAAUCAAAUCAAGUGGCAGAAAGAAGCAACUUUGUAGAAAGGGAGCAGGCAGACACUUCAACAGUCCUGUUGACGUACCAGGAGAGCGAAAGCAAGAAUAAAGAUAUCUGGUAUCUAGAUUCAGGUGCCAGUAACCACAUGUGCGGCAUCAAGGAGUUCUUUACCGAGCUGAACGAGAUGGUACAAGGAGAUGUCACUUUUGGAGAUCAGUCAAAGAUUCCAGUAAAAGGCAAGGGAAAUAUAAUGAUCCAGACAAAGACGGGCGAGAACAGGUACAUCUCUGAUGUCUACUAUGUUCCAGCAUUACGAAAUAAUAUUUUGAGCCUAGGCCAGCUCCUUGAAAGAGGCUAUGAUAUACAUCUAAAAGACCUUGCCCUCACUAUUAAAAAUAAAAAUGAAGUUAUUGCAAAGGUGAACAUGUCUAGAAAUAGACUGUUUACCUUAAAUAUUCAUGCUGACCCUGUCAAGUGCUUGAAGUCAAUCAUAAAAGACGAGACUUGGCUCUGGCAUCUACGAUUCGGGCAUCUCGCUUUCAGUGGCCUGAAUCUUCUAUGGAAGGAGAAAAUGGUAAAAGGAUUGCCGCAAAUCAACCAUCCGAACCAGCUAUGUGAAGGCUGUAUGAAGGGCAAACAACAGGGGGGGGGUGAUUAA